AUGGAUGCAGUUGGGUGGGGCACGGUGCUGGGGGGCGGUCCGGAGCUCAUCCUGGGCGGUUUUGGGGAGUCUUGGGGCGUGAAAACAGAAGGACACAGCUUAUGCCGCCUUCUCUCCACGUUUGGCCUCACGACGCUGCUGCUCGGUGGCGCUUUCUCCAAGGAGUGCGUAAUCAAAGACGUCGGGAGGAGGCUGCCAUGGGCACCCGGCUGGUCGUUCAAGCUCAAGGAUUGCACCGUGCUCUCCCUGAGCGACGCUGGCCUUGGUGACUCCGGAGUCAAGGUGCUUGCUGCAUCACUGGCAGCUGGCGGUGGCGCCCCGAACGUCGUAGAGGUGAACCUCUCCAACAACGGAAUUGGCGACGAGGGCUGCGUCGCCCUCGCCGACGCGCUAUCUUCGCCCGGCUCGGGGCUGGCGACGCUCUACCUCGAGCGCAACGCGAUCGGAGACCGCGGCGCCAUUGCCCUCGGCGCUGCGCUCGAGCGAAACACCGCCCUCGAGACGCUGGGCUUACUCGGCAACGAGCUGACCGACGCUGGCCGUGCGGCGCUGCACAAGGCCCGCUUCGCCGGCUCCGGGCUGUCCAUGCCCGGCGCGGAGGACGAGUACCAGCGCCUGGGCAGCAACGGCCCAGCGCGUGUCAGCGCGCAGCAGCAGCAACAGCCUGGCAGGCUGACGGACAAAGCAGCGGCGGCGGCGACGCGGCCUCCUCCGCCAGCCCCUCACCCGCCGCCCCAGGCAGCCCCGCCGGCGUGUCGCGCGAUGCUGCUCUCCGCCGACAGCCACGCCUUCUGA